UGUUAUUAGUUUGUGUUGUCUCGAAAAAUGACUUCUAAAAAUAUUUUAUUCGUGCUAAGCCUCUUUGUGCUGGUUCUUCUUAUCUCUGCCAGGGACAUCCUUGAAUCUUCUUCUAAUUCAAAAGCAGAUGUGAUGAAUGGAGGAACUAAUAAUGGUUUAAAUGAGAAGAGUGAAAGUGAUUGCACAGGUCAAGGUGGCGGAUUGGGAGGAUGCAAAUGGAGUGGAGGCUGGGGAUGGGGAUGGGGAACGCCGCCCGGACCCGGUGGUGAAGGCUGGGGAUGGGGAUGGGGAGGACCACUGCCCGCGCCCGGCGGUGUUCCUCCUUUGAACCGCCACAUCUAAGAAUUUUU